CUUUCCUCGUCAGAGGCAUCAAAUCAAACGAAUAUCAAAAGUAACCUCUGCUCCGCUAUUUAACUUCAGCAACGCAGCAAAGCUAGAAGUUGACGGCACUCUUGGACAGCAUUGCAGUAUCGGGGGAAAUACCUGGCCCGUCCACAAACGUGCAUUGCCCUGCAAGGUUAUCGAAGUGCAGUGAAAGAAAGAAAAAACGAAGAAGAGAAGUCUGCACAGGAUGAACCCACAUCAAACCUCAGGACGUGUUAAGAGCACAGUUCUGCGUUUACUUGCAUAAAAUAAUUGAUGUUGUAGGCUAGUGGACAGUGUGGCUUCAGCUCUAUCUUCAGAGCAAAUGUCCAUUUUCGCUGUUGUUGGGUAAAGCCAAAUCUUGCCCUUUGCAGAGAGAAUCCCGAUAAUUGGAAAGCAUCCGUAUCCGGACAAGAACAGGAGGAAUUGUAUAGCCCGCUACACCAGAGUUAAUACUUUGAGCAAGGAGAAGGUCCUGUUGAUAUUCACAACGACAUGGGAAAAGGUCCCACUUCGAUCCUGUAAGCAUGUUUCCACUACAUAGAGAAAGGGAGCAGCCGAUCUUCAGCGCGAGAGCCCAUGUGUUCCAGAUCGAUCCGGCCACCAAGCGCAACUGGAUCCCUGCCAGCAAGCAUGCCGUUACCGUUUCCUUUUUUUACGACGCCAACCGGAAUGUGUACCGCAUCAUCAGUGUGGGCGGAACCAAGGCGAUUAUCAACAGCACCAUCUCACCCAACAUGACCUUCACCAAAACCUCCCAGAAGUUUGGACAGUGGGCGGACAGCCGGGCCAACACCGUCUACGGCCUGGGCUUCGCCACCGAGCAGCAGCUUCAUCAGUUUUGCGAGCGCUUUAAUGAGGUGAAGGAUGCUGCCCGCAUGGCAAGAGAAAAGUCCCAGGAAAAGAUGGAAAUGAACAACCCUGGCCUGAGCAUUGCUGCCCCACAGGACUUGUCUGAUGAGCUGCAGUCUCCUCCAGUGAUGUGUGCCAACGGCCCUGAAGACAAGCUCUUCCGCAGCCAGAGCGCAGACAUUACUCUCAACUCCGAGAAGGAGCGCAUCAAGAAGAUGUUGUCUGAAGGGUCAAUCUGUGAGAUGAAUCUGGAGGCGGAGUUGUUCACGCUGCAGGACAGCAAUUCUAAGCUGGUGGCCGCGCUCCAUGAGGCUAAUGCUAACGUGGAACAGUGGAAGAGGCAGCUCGUCGCCUACCAGGACGAGACGGAGAGACUGCGAGAACAGGUGGCAGACCUGGAGGCCCAUGGGGGGCACGGACCCAGCGACAUGCUGAAGGAUGAGCUGACUCAGUCACUCGAGGAAUUGGAGGCUUUGCUCAAAGCCAAAGAUGAGGAAAUACGCAUACUGCAAGCCAAGAAAUCUAAUUUCCAUGACAUGGAACAGGAGCGAGAAGAGGCCAUUCACAGAAUACAGGAACUCGAAAUACGCAAUGUGGAGCUAGAGCGCCGAGUGCAGAGUGCUGAGCAGUCCUUGGCCAACUCCUUGGAGGAGAGGGACCGCAUCGAGAGUGAGGUACAGAGGGUGGUCGAAAUCCUGGACGUCAAGAUAUUUGAUCUGAACGACCUGAGACAGAGUCUGGUCAAACUUAUUGACAAGUAGUGUCAGAAAGGAGUGGUUCGUGGUCUAGCUUGGGACUAACGUGACAAAACAGGGAGAAUAAUGAGAAGUUCCAAAUGAAGGCCACAGAAAGAUUAGAAGACAAAGUACCUGAGCCACACUAUGGACAAAAGGGCUCCUGAAAAAUAACAGCCUGUGACUGUGAGUGAACUUUUCAGCACAUGAUGGGCCUGACAUAUUACUAGAUUACUUAACAGUAUUUCUACGCUGUCUUUAUAAGCGCUGGUUUAAUUUUGCCCUAAACAACCCCUGGCAAUACAUUUAUCUUAAUCAUGAAAGAAAAAAACAAUAGGUUAAAUGCAGUAAUGGUGGGGUAACUAUGGGCACCUUUGGUUCACAUUCGCCAAAUGCAUUGCUGUAGCUACUACACAACAGCUGUUUGGUACCUGACUACUCUUAUUCAUAUUUUGAAGAAGAAUUUUAUAUUUUUGAUACAUUGUAGUGAUGAGUGAAUGGUAAAAGCACAUUGAUUAAAGACAACAUGGUAUGUGGUAAUGUGGCUAAUAUAGUAUGAACUGAUAAUGUGAUCACUUUUGGUUACAUCAAACUGAGAUAAACUGUACGCAUGUAGUAUGUACAUGGACAAAUGUAUAUACUAUACUGAAGCACAGAGAAUGGCAAACUAAUGUAUUUGCAGCAGUAUUUUGGAGCACAUCUGGUACAAGAGUUAACUUGGCAGCAGCACUUGUAGAUGAAUGAAAUGAGAAAAAAUGCAUGACAUUCAGGUUAGGUAAAGAAACAAACUAUACAAUAACCAGUUGUAGAGGUGGUCAAAUGAACACUAAGUUUCCAUUUAGUAGGGUUCUGUUGCACACAGUAAUACUGAGCACACAAAAUAAAUCACAUUAGUCUAGUGUCACAGCAGUCUCAUAAGUCUGAAUGAACAUACCAAAGACCUGCUGUCUGGAAUGAGAAAUGUUCAAUGCUAACUAGAGGCAUCGUAGUGAAAAUUUAGGAAAUGUUAAGAGAACUAUGUGCAUUCUGACUGUUUAAAAUAUAUGCACCUGUAGGAAUUAGCCAGUAAGAGUAUUUCAUGCUAGGAAAUUGCACUGAUUUAAGGCACCAUAUUCCAGUUCAUAUAAGAUAUAAGUUUUGGCCUCUUAUUAUGAGGGAGUGUUAGUUAUAAGCUUGUCUGUCUUGCAGUGUGAGCUUCUUACAUGACUUUGUCACAUUAUGUGGUGGCCAUCAUUAAUUUGCAGCUAUGACUGACUAAUAUGGGUUAUGAAUAGGAAAAAUUGUAAUUGUCCUGCCUUUUGAAUAACAGUGCUUUCUUCACCAAUGAAUACCUGACCAUCCAACUGGCAGCACAGAGGAAGGCUAGAUCUGUGAAGAGGUGAAUGUUUGAAGAUUACACAAGUAGCCCAAAGUCUCUUGUGAAGAGAGCAUGAAUGAAAUAUUGUUGUUUUGUUACUGUUGAAAGGGAGAGUUGUGCAACAUUUUAUGUGUAAAAUAUCCUUACAAGUUUGUCUUACCUUACAGAACAUAUGCUGUAUGUAAACAUGUUGUGGGCCUUAUUUUAAAGCAUUUAAGUACAUACCUUGUGAGGUGUAGAAGAGAUUUGUUUACUUCACUUAGUAAAUGUUUCAUACAUUUGCAAAUAUUACCUUGGUCAGUUUUAAUAGACCAGCAUUUCAAUGGUUUCUGUAUGAUACAAACUGUUCAUAUUUUAAAACACUUCAGUUCUUAAUCAAGGUGUUUGUAAUAUGUCUGCAUAAUUUACCUCAAAAGCUGGCUAGUUUGACAAAUGGACUUUGUGCUAUUUCUGUUUCAUAUGGGAAACCUAUAUAGAUUUAAUACAUUUUAAAUGCAGUGCAAAGACAUGCAGAACAUGUCAUCUAAUUGCUAAUUUGGCUGUGGUUUGACCUUGAGGAGCCUUUUAUGUAUCACAUAGGAACUGAAAUUAUUGUCACUACUACAGUUUGUGCAUCAACAAUUUAUUUGAAUAAAGUGACAGAUCUGA